AGUCCUCGCUGCCAUCAAACUUCACUUCAAUUCACUUAUUCCACCGGCGAGUUUGUUUUGAUAUCAUUACGUCCCCCAAUUAGCUUCCACAUCAAUUAUUUUCACCGUGUUUUACCACUCGCGUGUUCCUGCGCUAUUGACCGACAACAAUGGACGUGUUGGAGCCGGAGACCGUGUGGGUGCACGGUCGUCGUUACAGGUUCUUCGAGAGCAACGUAUGGUCGAAUCAGAGGAGUGCACCGUACCAAGAGGAGUACCAAACCGAGUUGGACGAUAUGACGAGCGAGGCAUGUGAGAACGAUUCGAUUGAAAUUGAACAGAUUGAUGGUGGGAAAUUUCGUCACACCCUGGACAUCCCCAACACUUUCAACGGACACAUCGUGGGUUACAAAGGGGAUACGAAGAAGAAACUGGAGAGAGAGACAAAAACAACAAUCAGAGUUCCACUGAAAAACUCAACAGAUUUGGUAACAAUUACUGGGUACACGAAGGGGGAUGUGAUCUCUUGCAGACAGAGGAUUGACCUGUUGAUAGAAUUCUCGAGGAGGAAGAUUCCACCGACUCAUUUCGUGUCUAUCCCUCUGAAGAACGACGAGAUUGUACAGAACUACGAGAGUUUUAAAGACAGAAUCCUGACCGAUUCUGAGUUCAAGCACUCUGGAGUCGUGGAGGAUAUGUUCAUCAGCCCGAGUAAACUGCAUCUCACAGUUGGAAUGCUCCUGCUGUUGGACGAGAAGGAGAUGAAAGAGGCUGCGGAUGUUCUCAAUGAAUGUGUUGAGACAAUAGUCAAACCGAUCAUGAAGGAUCUCAAGGAGCCUUUGAUGGUAAAAAUCCAGGGCUUGGACUACAUGAAUGACGAUCCAACCAAAGUAUCAGUGCUUUAUGGAAAAAUUUUACCGAAUGAAAAGCUUCAAGAGAUUGCUAACAAAGUCUUCGGAUUUUUUCUUGAAAAACAAUUGAUGAGAGUCGAACGGACCGAAUCAGUCAAAUUACACAUGACUGUGAUAAACUCGAGUAAAUUAAUCCCAAUCGAUCAAAGAAGGCGCAGUCGGAGGAUUUAUUUCAACGCUGUGAGAAUAUUAUCGGCCUUUCAAGACUAUAAUUUUGGAGAAAUCGAGGUGAAGACCCUCGAUAUUUGCCAGAGAGAUACUAAAGAAGCUGAUGGAUCCUAUAAAAUAAUCACGAGAGUUGAAUUAACGUGAAGAAGGCAGAUUGGAAAAAUUAACUUUAAGAGUUAAAUAAAAAAUUAACAAGUCUUUUGUAAUAUUUAAGUAGUUAGAUAGAAAAUAAUGUCGUAUUUUUCGACUGAAAUAAAUGGAUAUUUUUCCUGCUUUCGAUUGUGCCACUACCUCGUGGCUUGUGGCCCCUGAAA